AUGCGGCCCCGAGUUGUCCCAAAGCGAGGCAGUGUCCACAAGGUCUGGGCUGAGGAAGGCUGCUCUGCCUUCGCGGUGUCUCCCGGGUCUGUGCUGAGCAGAACGCAGCUCCGCCCUCGCGGUGCCGCUGGCCAGCCCGGGUCUGUGCUGAGCAGAACACUGGUCCGCCCUCGCUGUACCUCCGAAGUGUGUGCAGAGGAGAACUCAGCUCCGCCCUCGCGAUUUCUCCUCUGCACACACUUCGGAGGUACAGCGAAGGCGGACCAGUGUUCUGCUCAGCACAGACCCGGGCUGGCCAGCGGCACCGCGAGGGCGGAGCUGCGUUCUGCUCAGCACAGACCCGGGAGACACCGCGAAGGCAGAGCAGCCUUCCUCAGCCCAGACCUUGUGGACACUGCCUCGCUUUGGGACAACUCGGGGCCGCAUCGACGGCUUUUCUGGCUUUGCCCGCCCAGCUGCUCCUUGCCAGGAGGAGGAGGAGACACCCAGAGCCUGCGAAACCACGGCUCGCCUCGUUGCGGGUGGGCGGCAGCGACGGAGACCACAGUGCACCGUAGCGGUAGGAGAGCGGCCGCACUAGGAGGGCAGGUGGCUGUAGCCAGGCCUUGA